AUAAAAUUGUUUAACCGUAAAGAAUCUUUUUUCUUGCAGUAAUUUAAUGCAAGAAAACGAAGGCUCUGAUACUCCACGUGAAGUUAGCUUAGGACCAGAUCAUGAAUUUCGAUUUGAAGUUGAUUUCAACAAGAAAGCAACUGUCAAAUUAACCAAGGGUACUGCAGAAAUAUUUGGUACUGAACUUGCCAUUGGCGUCGAAUACACAUUUAGUGGACGUAAAACUGCCGUAUAUACAUGGCAUGGUUGUACGUUGGAAGUAAAAGGUCAAUUUUCAGUAGAAUAUACAGCCAAUGAGACACCCAUGACAAGUUAUCUAAAUACACACUUGGCACUUGAGCAACUUCGACAAAAAAUGAAAAAAGAGAAAGAGUUGGGCCCUCGUGUACUUGUGAUAGGGCCUCAUGAUGUAGGAAAGACGUCGCUCUGUAAGAUACUGAUGAGCUAUUCCCUUCGACAAGGUGGUACUCCAAUCUAUGUUUCAUUAGAUACAUCAGAGGGAUCUAUUACAAUGCCAGGCGCUGUUACUGCAACCUGUAUCAAUCAUAUCAUUGAUGUAGAAGAAGGCUUUGGUUCAUCUGCAACUACAGCAGCGUCUAUGGGAUCAGCGACAACACCUUUAGUAUACUACUAUGGAUUCGAGAGCCCAGCAGAGAAUGUGAAAUUGUAUAAGCUGGUUUUAUCCAAAUUGGCAGAGGCUGUGAAAAGCAGAAUGGCCGUAGAUGAAGAGUGCCGUACAUCUGGGAUCAUUAUAGAUACAUCUGGUCUAGUAGACCAAAUAGGAUAUGAAACAAUCCAGCAUACUAUAGAAGAGUUUUCAGUGAAUGUCGUAAUUGUCUUGGGUCAUGAAAGACUUUACAGUGACAUGAAUAGAUUAUUGAGCAAUAGGAAACCCAAUAUUUCAAUCAUUAAACUAGCAAAGUCUGGAGGUGUUGUAGAACGUGAUAGAGAAUACAAGUCGAUGCUUCAGAGAACCAAGAUUCAUGAGUAUUUUUAUGGUACACCCAAAUGUGAGCUAUUACCUUACAGUAUGUUGGUGAACUAUGAUGAUAUCAAGAUUUGGAGAGUUGGUGAUGUAAUUGCGCCAUCUAGUGCACUUCCUUUAGGCAUGGAAGGCAGUUCAAAUGAAACACAGAUUGUUAAAGUAGAUAGUUACGAUAUGUGUUUACACUCGAUUCUAGCCAUAUUGAAUGCUCCACCUGAUGAACACGAAAAUAAGUUAUUAGAAAGCAAUGUUGUAGGAUUUAUUUAUGUAUCUGAUGUGAAUGAUGAAAAGAGAAAGCUGACUAUAUUAUCACCUUCACCAGGAAGAUUACCCAAGAAGCAUCUCUUGAUGGGAGUCUUUAAAUGGAUGGAGGCUUGAUUGUAAAUAAUAAAGAUUUAUUCCUAUUGAUACAUACAAUUUAUUUGUCAAAAGAGAAUGCUAAAAUGAAGUAAAAGAAUAAGGUGAUUGUGUGAUAUGAUGUGUAUAAAUAUGUUAUUUAUUAUAGCUGGUCAGGCAAAUCAAAUGGAAAUUGCUGUUGUUGUUGUUGUUGUU